CGCUUCAAGUUUUCUCUGGGGUUGUUGUAGAAAGACAGUUGUUUGACAUGGAGAGGACAAGUCACAGAGGAUGACAAACUUUUGACAUAUGUUUUCAGGAAUGUGUUUUUCGUCAUCAUGUCCAGAUGAUGAUGGCCAAAGUGCAGCUGAAACUUUUCAUAAGUGCUGGGGAAAGGAGUUUUCAUAUUGGCUUAAUUGACGCCAACACAAGUGUUGAAUUGAACGGACAUCAUGCAGAAGCUGAACAGUCACGAGGAGCUCCAGCAGCGGCUGGCGGAUCACGGCGGAUCCGGAGACGCGGCGCGGGAGAACGGCACGAAACACAUCCCGAGUCCCGCGGAACCUUUGGACACGGUUCAGUGCUCCAGCAGAAAGAUGCUGGUCGGACUGGACAUCCUCUGUUUGCUCGUGGCCUCCAUUCCAUUCUUUGUCUGUGAGCUCAAAGCGGUGGCUGCAUACAAGAGGGGCUUCUUCUGUGGCGACACCAGCAUCACUUACCCAUACAUAGAAAGUGAGGCCAUUCCUAACAGUAUGCUUAUAGCCGGGGGCAUCAUGAUCACAGGACUUACGAUUGCUGUUGGAGAGUGCUGCCGGGUACGAUUCAUAGGUGUGCACUCACGGGCAUUUGUGCGCAACCUCUAUGUGUCCUGUCUGUACAAGGAGCUGGGCAGCUUCCUGUUUGGCUGCUGCGUGGGGCAAUCCUUGACCAACAUGGCGAAGCUAAGUGUGGGCCGACUCCGUCCCCACUUCCUGACGGUGUGCAAUGUGACCUAUGCUUCACUCAACUGUGUACCUGGAACCUACAUCUCAGACGUUGUCUGCAAGAAUGAGACUUCGUUAGAUGAAAAGAUAGUGGAAGAGGCCAGAAAGUCCUUCUUCUCGGGCCAUUCAUCUUUCGCCAUGUACACCAUGCUUUACCUGGCAUUCUACCUGCAGGCGAGGUUGUCAUGGCGAGGGGCACGGCUCCUGCGACCGUUGCUGCAGUUCAUGUUGGUGAUGUUAGCAGUGUACACAGGAUUCUCUCGCAUUUCUGACUACCACCAUCACCCCACUGAUGUCCUGACCGGCUUCUUGCAGGGAGGACUGACCGCAUACUGGGUGGCCUUUUAUAUCUCGUCCAUGUUUAAGACAUCUUGUCCAGGCAUGUCUCCAACAACCUUGUCUCUGGAGAGUCCCCUGUCCAGUCAGCAGACAGUCUGCUAACAAAGAUAUCUAAGAGACGCGAGAGAGUGAAAAUGGGAGUGAUCAAGAACUGGAAUGGGACAAAGAACGUUAAAACAUGCUCAUGUCUUGACAGAGAACCAUUUCCUGCGCAUUCUGAGAGAAGAACAGCAAUAUAAUAAUAUAAAUAUAUAUAUUAGUGGUGGGCAUAGAUUAUUUUUUUAAAUCUAGAUUAAUCUCACUGUGAUCUUGAAAUUAAUCUAGAUUAAUCUAGAUUAAAAUGGCUCAUUCGAAUUCUGCCGACGGCAUUCAGAAUAUGUGUGAUACCCAAAUAAAAUUGACAAACAGUAAGUCUUUGAGAAGGGGUUUAGCAAGCUAGGUGGUGCAUUAGAAAAGGGGCUCAUCUCCUGUUUCCAAAAUGCAUCACAAAGUGCUUGAAAAAGCUGUAAACUAAUUCCACAUUGCACAAGGUGCAAACAACCUUACGCCUGUUUCACACCAAUGUUUAAGUUUUUUUUCGAGUUUGUAGGUGUCAAGGUACAGAAACCAAAUAAUUAAAUGUAAAAUAGCACUGGAUAGUCUUCAAUGUAAAAAUGAAAUAUACAAUCAAACCUACAUUUAUUCAGACACCUUCAACAUUUCUCAGAUUAUUUGCUAUAUAUCAAAAGUUAUAUCUGGUGUCUGAAUAAUUUUUGGUUUGACUGUUAAAACUACAAAGUAAUUCACUCAAGAGCAGUGAGUGAUUUUCAUUUUCAUUUUCUUGGAUUAACAUUACAGCAGCCAGUCGCUAAAUUAGGCGCGGUCACUUUUAAGAGCCGAUGAACGCUUUCAAUAUAAUGCACAUCCCAUUUUUUUCCUCAACUGUUUACUUUCACUUAAAAAAUAACUGACAGUUUUUUCGAGCAUAAUUUCCAAGGUGGAUAUUUUUAUAUAUUUUGUAUGUAUUUGUAGGCACAAGAGCAAAAAUAAGCAAAUUCGGUGUUCAAGUGUUUUGAGACGCCUUUCUCUGCGUUAGCCCUGAACACCAGAACACCACGAGUACUGAAUUUGGCUCUUUCACAUCUUUUUGUUUGUUCAAACUGCGAUUUGUAUAUGUUCGUCCAGGUGCAGGAGGGACUUCGAGGAGAAAUUCGCAGAAGAGAGCUCGGUUCAGUGUCGCUGUCCGUGAUACGCGGAUCUCCCUCGCAGUGCGCGAGUAACCAGCUACUCUGUUCAGCUUUUCCGCGUCUUGUGUUUGAAUGCUUUAAUGUUUAAAUCAGCAAGCGGUAAGGCGUAGAAACAUGUGAAAAAGAUAAGCUUUGGUGACGAUGUGCAGCACCGGCCCAGUCCAGUCAGUUAUAUAAAUUAUCAAGGUGAAAGUCAUCAUAGCUUGCUUAGUAUAGACCCAGCUCGCAACCGAACUUUGAGAAUAGAUUAACGGCAAUAUUUUUUUAUCGCCUGAUAAGAGUCUCGCGUUAACGCAGCAUGUUAACGCCGAUAACGGCCCACCACUAAUAUAUAUAUAUACACACACACACGUCUAACACUUCAACCAACCCGUCCACAAAGUAUCAACCCUCCAUAGAUAAAUGAUAUUUUUAUAUAAAAAAGUUGAUCCUUUAUAUUUUUUAAAUAUGUUAUAGUUGAAGCUGCUAAUAAUUGUUGUUUUAUAAUUUGUCACAUGUAGUCCAGGCUCAGAGAUUUACACGUCACAGUGUUAAAGUGAUUUGACUUCAUAUGGAACUCAACAUGUCAAGCUUUUCGGCUCAUGUUGACUGUUGGAGGCCCAGUCUAAUGAAUUUCUGUUGGACAAAAAACGGACCAAUCGCAACAACGCUUCGGCCUCAGAUCACACCCCCUUGUGUUUGCUAUUGGACCUGGCUAAACCACUGUUCUGGUGCGCUGUUGCACAAUAAUAGCGGUGCUGAUUGUAGACACCCUCUGUUUAUAAAAGCAUAGAUUUGAUGCUAAUUCUAUUAAGCUUGUAUUGUAUUAAGAUGGGUUAAACUCCAUGUUUGUACUAACCACUUUCGCUGCAUGAGUGAGACUGAAAGGAGGUUUGAGCCAACAAACUCCUCGACCACCCCCCUCCCCUCCGCAUAAUGAGGGCUUGAAUCUUGCCCUAAACGCUCAGUGGACCGGGGGUCUAUACCUGUGUAUCCUUUAAUACUCAUAGCACUUGAAUUACACUAUGGAAUCGUCUAAUUACUACAGAUAAUAUUAUAUAUUUUGUCUUCUUUAAUCAGUGUUUUACUUUCUUCCUGCGGUCAGUGCCAUUUGUGUUCGUCUUAGUGUUUUUUCCCCAAAUUAUAAUUAUUCAGAAUGAAUGUAAAUAAAAUCAUUUUAUGAAAAGAUACAGAUUAUCAGAAGUAUUAUAGCAUCGUUUCUUGUUUUACGUGUUUAUAUAUGUUUUUUAUAGUUUGUGUUGAUCAGGUACGCAGAGUUAUUGUUGUUAAUUGUUAAAGAGACUAGUGACUGAGCCACAGAUUGUCAGAAAGCUAUUUUCUACUUAUCUAGUUUCAUUUAAUUUGUUGGUUUCCCCUGUGAAAAGCCUGUAUGGCUGAAAUAACCACUGUAUUAAUAAACCAAACCAAUAAAAUGAAUGUUCAAA